AUGGCAACCACGAACGCCACGACGACCACCGCGGCGCCGCCUCUCCCGCAGAAGCAGAAGCAGCAGCAGCAGCAGAAACUCAUGUCGAUAGCGUACAUCCGGCGGCACCCAGACAUGACGCCGGAGCAGUUCUACGAGCACUGGGAGUACACGCACGGGGUCAUUGUCAAGCCGUGGGCUGAGCGGCACGGGCUUAUAUACACGCAGGUCCACCUCAAGCCCAAAUACAAAGACGACGUCCCCGCCAUCGGACCCGAGAACCCAGACGGCGCCCCCUUGCUGGACGACUACGACGGGUGCGCCCUCUUUGAGAUCGACUCGUUUGAGCAGUUCGCCGCGGCGUUCGAGGACGAGUACUACAAGACCGUCAUCGAGCCCGACGAGAGGCGGUUCAUCGACAAGCAGGUCGGCGUCAUGCGGGUGAGGGGCGAGGUUAAGAAGAUUGCAGUCUGA